GGCGGCUGUAGAGAGCGACUCAGACCCAGAGAGCGACCAGGAUCAUGGCGGAUGGCCCCAGGUGUAAGCGCAGAAAGCAGGCGAACCCAAAGCGAAGCAGCGUGCCAAACUUUAACAACGGCUUGGAGGCCAGUUCAGACUCAGACGAUGAAGACAAGCUGCACAUUGUGGAGGAGGAGAGCCAAGAGCCAGGAGGCCGCAAGAGGCCCAGCACCAGAGCAGUGUUACCCCACAACAGAGCCUGCAACGGGGUGAAAGAGGACUGUGUAUCGGAAGAAGGCGAGGACGACGAUGGAGAGGAGGAAGCAGAGGAGGAUGAAGGAGAGGCGGAGGAGGCAGAGGGAGGAGACGGAGAGAAGGAUGCACUGGUGGAGGAGAUUUUACAGCAGGGAGACACAGCCAUCAUUUACCCAGAAGCCCCAGAGGAGCGGGGAGCAGCCGAGACCGGAGGGGCUGACGAGAACGGUACUCCAGAUGCCCUCCCGCUGCACAUGUGCCCGUACUGCUCCAGAGGAUACAAACGAAACGCGUCUCUAAAAGAACACAUCAAAUAUCGACACGAGACUAAUGACGAUAACUACAGCUGCUCCCACUGCAGUUACACCUUCACCUACCGCUCCCAGCUUGAGAGGCACAUGAGCCACCACCGGGGGGCAAAGGUGGAGCCGCGCACCAACCAAAAGAAACACACUCCAGGCUCAGGAGGAGGAGGAGGAGGAACGAGGAAGUUCAAAUGUAACGAAUGCUCCAAAGCCUUUAAAUACAAGCACCACCUGAAGGAGCACCUGCGCAUUCACAGCGGUGAGAAGCCAUACGAAUGCUCCAACUGCCACAAGCGCUUCUCUCACUCGGGCUCGUACAGCUCCCACAUCAGCAGCAAAAAGUGUGCCCCCGCCCAUUUUCCCAAUGGCCUGCACCAUCCUCCCCUAAAACCCCACCAGGUCGCAGCUUCCUCCACCCACGUCGCCAUUGCCCCCGCCAGAAACAUGGACAGCAAACCGCUUCAAGAACAGAUCCCUGUCACGCAAAUCAAAACCGAACCAGUGGAAGAAGAUAUUAAACCAGUGGUCGUCCCUCCGGUCAAUGGGGUCAAUCGACCGGCCGUGGGGACAGGUCUUUCUCAAGGCGUAGCCAUGGUGGUUCCAACUGUAGGACUGAUGUCGCCAAUUGGGAUUAACAUCAACGAUUUGCAAAACGUGCUUGGAAAAGUGUUGGUGAAUGGGACACAAGGAAAGCAGGGAUUUGUAGUCCAACAGCCGCAGCAGCAAAUCAUUAGCUUACCAGCAUUUGUGGAUCACGAUGGGACUACAAAAAUCAUUAUAAACUACAGUAUUAGCCCGACCGCUGCUACGACAGCUAACACGCAACCAGCCUCGAUAGUGGUGAAAAACAGCCCGCCGGUAGCAUCAGCGGUUCCCAUUGUAGCAGCGGCACCGAUCCCAAGCAAAACAGAGCAAUCAUGCGCAUCAGAUGUACAAGAAUUCCCAACCGAUUUGAGUAUUUCCAAAAAAGUGAAGGAAGAGCCAGUUUCAGAGUUGAUUUCCGACGAUUUGGGGAUUGUAAUCAGCAAAACAGAAUCUGUUGCGGAAAUGCCAAAAACGUCGGAUUGUUUAUUAUGCGAAGAUUGUCCGGAACAUCUAGAAGCAGUUCACUUGCUACAGCAUCGUAAAGCCGCUAACUGUGAAGCCGUGGAUAGCGCGGCACUGGAUCCGUCGUUCGCGGAUUUACUUAGCGAAGCAGGAGUAGCGCUAGACGAACCCAGCCCAACGGACGAUGUUUUGUCCGUGCUCAAAAACGCGUUCGCUUCCAACUCGCGGCCAAGUCACGGUGAGUUGGAAAAGAUCGCGGAAAAGGUUAGCAUACCAGCGGAGGUGGUGCGGAAGUGGUUUACCAAAAUGAACAAGGGGGGAAAGAAAGUGGUGAAGAGUUUGGAGCAAGCAGAGGAUCUGUCAGUUAAAGGAAAAACGAAUCGGGUAGACGUGGAAAUACAAGAAGAAGAUGAGCAAGGAAAGGAGUGUUUACAGUCUAAAGAGGAUUCAACAAUGCAAGAAACUCCAAAAGAGGAUAGUUCACCGAUAGACCAACCAAAUCAUGCUGAACCAAUGGAAGAGAUUACACAAGAGGGUGAUACUGUAAUGAAAGAAACUGAAAAAGACAGUGAAAUGGAUGAUAAUUUGAUUGCGAAAAAUUCAAAUAACAACGUAACCGGGAAAAAUGUGGAAGAUAAAACUCAAGAAAAUUCAGAAUCCCUCAGCACUUCCCCGGCUCCUUCUAGCCCUAAAAAAGAUUCACAAAUAACUAUCAAAACCGAACCAGAAGAGCCAAGUGCAUCUGAUUCCACAACUGAACCAUUGGACUUAUCGUUACCGAAAUCUGCAACUCCUGAACUCCCGACCGGAACGCCUAAAGAAACUGCCACCGAAGACAAAUCGCCGAAACAAAACACCAAACCGCAGAACCCAACUCAGACUGUUCAACUCCUCCACAACUUGUCCAAACUGGAGACGACGCCUUUAAAUUUAGCGUGUAUCAGUAAAGACCAGUUAGAGCCGCGGGCGUUGUACGUGACCACGCCCCAAAGCGGGAAUUCGAACUUUGUCACGGCGACACAGAUCCCGACACUGGUGGCAAUCGCUGGGCAGGGUACAGUCGGAUGUCUCAGCGCCAUAAACCCGACCACCAAACAGAGAACCAUCCUGAUCCCGCAGCUCACCUACACCUACGCGCCCCCUGCUGGUAGCGCUGCCACAGGCAAGACUGUGCUGCUCAACGGGCACAAGGCUAUCAAGAUUGAGAAAAAGGAAAAGUUGGUGGUGAAUGUUCAGAAGAGUGCGCCCUCUGCAGGAGGACAGGAGAAUGACGACUCUAAGAAGAGGAAAAUGGGAGACCAAGGAGUGUUUCCAUGUGAUCUGUGCAACAAAGUUUUCCAGAAAGCCAGCUCCCUGCUCAGGCAUAAAUAUGAACAUACAGGAAAGCGCCCUCACGAAUGCACUGUCUGUAAGAAGGCGUUCAAACACAAGCACCACCUGAUCGAGCACGCGCGGCUCCACACGGGAAUCAAACCGUACGAAUGCGACAAGUGCGGAAAGCGAUUCUCUCACUCCGGCUCCUACUCCCAACACAUGAACCACCGCUACUCGUACUGCAAACGCAACCCCUUCUCCUCCUCUGCAUCCGUCUGCUCCUCCUCUGCGUCCUCUCCCCCGGCCGAGACCCAAGACCACCGCUACUCCUUCUCCGCCUUCUCCUCGCCGCCAGAGACGCGAGGGAGGAGCAACGGCGACAGCAACAGCCCCGCCCCCACGCAGCGAUCGGACAGCCAGGCGACCAGCGAAGACGAGGAGGAGGACGAAGAGUACGAGGAAGAAGCGAUGUGCGUGGAGGAUAUCAGAGUGGUGCAAGUCGAUGAUACAGAAGGAGGAGACGAACAGAUCCAAGAUGGCGGAGAGGAAGAGGAGGAGGAGGAGGAGGAGGAGAGUGGAGAGGAGAUGGAAAUAGAACUCGGGGAGGGGUCCGGCGAGGAUUCCGACGAGAACGAGGAAGCUGGUAAAGACAGUGACAUAAGCAGCAGAGAGAAGGCAAAAAACGCCAAAUAAUGAAAUGAAAUCAGACGCAAACCGCAAGAGACGCUCUUAACCUGAAGUGAGACGCGGUUGGUUGCUUUUUGGCCCACUACUGUGUACAAACCGCGGCGUGCCUGAACUUGGAAAAAUAUGAAUAUCAGUGUUAAAAUUGUUUAUAGAAGAUUUUAAAGCUUACCCAAUGACAUUUUUAGACUUGUUACUGAAAUAUACCAGGUUGUUAUUAUAAGGCACGUCUAUACCAAGCGUUACGGUAAAUCGGCAGUUCAAAAUUAGAGCGACGACGUUCAUGAAGUAAACCAUUUGUGUCUUUCUGUCUAGCCCAACCAGGUUAAAAUCUUCCAAUGUAUUUUGUCAUGUUUUUUGUCGUUGUAUUAUUUUUUACUGGCAAAAAUCUGAAAAGUUAAACUAUGAAUAUAAUUUCCCAUAAUGCAUUGUGCCAUGAAUCUAGUAUUGCCAACCAAAUUGUGUAUCUUGGUUUUUACAUGUGACUUCACCCUAUUUCAAAUUAAGUGUUAAUAUCAGUAAUGAAGUGAAGUUUUUUGUCUUUAAAAAGUCUAAAAAAUCCUGUUAAAUUAACUUAACAUGCAUUUUUCUGGAAUACUUUACUACAAUUUGGACACACGAAGCUUAGUAGCACUUUUAAUACUUUUACCCUUCACAAUCUGCUGUUUUUAACUGUGUUAGCCGCCAAUAUCUACUGCCAACCACUGAAAUACUUGCUUCUCAAAAUACGUUGUUCUAAAUAUUUUCAACAACUUAAUAUAUUUGAUGUUUCAGUAUUUCAGUUUUAGCUGUCAAGUUUCUCAAAGCGCUUUACGUUUUAGCCAAGAAUUGAGUCACUCCCCAUUCAGUGUUCUGGUUGUGCCUGGGGGCAGAUUGACCAAGAAGUGGCUGCUGUUCUCUGCCAUUGGCCUGUCCAACCACUAAACGGUCUAAACUACAGGGUUAGGCGGUUAUUCCUAAGGCUGUAGUGCACUAAUGAAAUUCUUGUUGGACUAAAGACGUGCUGCUGAUCGAUUGGUCGACUAAAAAGGGGGCGUAUCAAACUCUCAAAAGUAUUCUAUCCCUGUGUAUCAGACCCAAAUUGCACUCACAAGAUCACACCUGCAGGGGGAGCUCCAGCUAAAACUAAUAUUUAUACAGAAAAAAGUAUUAGGAAACUAUGUGUUUAUAUAAAGACAGUGUUUAUUCUGACUUUUUACACAUAGUCCUAGUUAUUUCACUGCAAAACCAAGUAGAGCCAUGAUAUUUUUGGCAUUUCAACUAAAAAGCAGCCUUCUGAUCAUCAUCUAUUCAGUUGCUUAAUCUUGAAUUACCGUACCGUAAUGCCUGGUAUAAAUGUGCCUUUACUUUCCUGUCUUGUCUUGUUUAUUUUGUCAGUGUUACUAAUCUUGUUCUUGCAUUUUAACCUGUAAAAAAGUGGUUACAGAUUUCUAUACCUUUUUAUUGCCAAUGAAGUUUUGGUAAAUCAGUAUUUUUGAGUUGAAUGAACAACAACCUCUGCACUACAGUAUUCCUGGUUUACCGACGGAUACGCGCCUCAUGCAUCAGUGUUAGUAUAAAUGUGCACUAGCUAGCCACCUGUGUCCGUGUUAGCGUGUUUUUUUAUUUGUUUUGUGUCUGUGCUAGCUAGCCUUUAUACACUGCAAAACGUACUAUCAAAAUGAGUUAAAAUGACUAGGAGAAGUAGCUGAUACGGUGACGGCUAAAAGGUAUUUAAAUAAAUGAUUUUAUAACAAUAUUUUAAAUGUAUUUACCAGGAAUUAUAACACAUUUUAAAUAUAUUUCUGAAUUCUUAAGAUAAUUUAGGUUCAGAUAAAGAGCAAAUGCAUCCAUGGGUUUCAGCUUCCCACUAAAGGCGCCAUUUUGAGGACUUUUAAUCAUUCAAAAGAUAUACGUAUACAUCUGAAACCUCAUCUGGAUAGCAACAACACUUCAGUUCAAGUGUUAAACCAGUCAAAACGUGUUAAACCUACUCAAAUCUAGAUACGUAUUUUGAAUUCAGGUGAUUUUAACUCAUUUGGUUGUAAUAUUUUGCAGUGUUGUUUUGUUGAUGGGACUGUUAGCCUUAAAGAUAACAAACUUUCGGGGAGGGGAGGGGGGGCUUGGGGGGCGGGGAUAGGAGGAAGGGCAGAGCGGGAAUUGUGUUACCAAAUUGUGUCCAAAAAUCAUCAGGGAAAAAUGACUAAAGCCAGCGUCAGGUUCCUGAGCUGUAGCAACAAUUCACAAAGUUCUCAAACAUGAAAACAAUUCGAGUGGAAGUCAAUGGGGAGAGGCAACGUGGGGGUUUUGGCGACAUCUGGUGGUGAAAACAAAGAUUACAACUGAACAACUUUGCGUAUAUGUAUUUUAUAUAAGAGAUAAAAUAGAAAAAUAUAAUUAGGGAUCAGCGAUAUGACAAAAAAAAAUGAAAGAUCCUAUAUCAUGUAAACAUUGACUCUUGUGAUCCAUGUUCUAAUGCUAUUACCUCCUGAAAAACAGACAUGGAGUUGUGUUUUGUUUCAUUCACACAUGUUUGAGUAACCCUGUAAUGCUCUGUUACACUUUGUGAUGUCGUGAAGUGGUAGUUUUCACAUUAACAGCUCCUUUUACCUUUAGUUCAGUAGAAAUUGGUAAUUCCAGGUCUGAAAUGAUCCAAAUGAUUCCAAUGAGGGUGUGUCGAGUUUAAAAACGCAGUAGAGCACUUCCUGUAUUACCGCAUAAUGACAUCACAAGGUGGAACCCAGUGUUUUCAGUUUGAGAGAAGAACUCGGCCUAAAUCUGCAGGGUUUGUGUGCUAAACACGUGUGAAUGAAACAAAACACAACUCCAGGUCUGUUUGUGAUGGGGAAACUACAUUAUAACAUAGAUCAGAAAAUGGUGUAAUAUUUGUUUAUGUUAAUUUAGAUGUUUAAUCAGUGCACUUAAACACAAAAACAGUCCAGUGUCUGCUCUAAACCACAUGUUUUUGGUUGUAGAUCUCUCCUUUAAAAACACCCAGGCUGAUCACUGACCACUACGAAUGACUGAAUCUAUUAAAAUGUGAUUAAUUGCACAGCUUUAAUAAUACCAAUAAAUAAUGUUGAAUUUGAGCAAUUUGGUGACAUCUAGUAGCAGAUUUCAAGAAUUGUAAUUAUUCCAAAGUGCGUAGUUUGUCCUCUUUGGGUAUCUGUAGAGUGGAUUUCAUUUUCAUCUACUAAAUUUGAAUAACAUAAUAUUUCAUUAGUAAAAACAAAGCCAUAGUUUUUAUACACAGUGAUUCUGAACACAGGGAGGACACGCACACACUCCACUCACAGAGAUCAGGAGUCAAACCCACAACCUCCUCACUGAUCAGAGGAGACAGGAUAACCACUCUGCCACUCCCAUUGACUUCCAUUCGUUCCCCUGUACCUUCUCUCUCUCUGGUUUGGGUUGAGGCGUCUGUGUUUGCCUCUGUGGGUUAGCCUGCCCCCUGCUGGCCCGCUGCCUUAUGCAAAGACCCUGUGCUGUUAAAAUGUGCCAUUGAAACAGUGUUGGUUUGGUUAUUUUUGCUUUGGAAUAAAAUGUGAUGCUAUUUACAAUACACAGCCAAUAAUGAAUCCAUACUGUAUCCAUUAUAAUUUGAGUAGUUUUAACCUGUUUUGAUUUACUUUAUUGGCAGUUAUGUGUUUUAAAGGUCCUAUAUUAUGAAAAAUUGACUCUUAUGAGCUUUUAGCCGUGUUCUAAUGUUGCUCAAACAUGUGUGAAGGAAACAAAACACAACUCCAGGUCUGUUUGUGACGAGGAAACUACAUUAGAACAGAGAAUAGUGUAAUAUGGGCCCUUUAAGACAAUAUAUUCACUAAAGUAAUACACAAACUCCAUAUAGAAAUGCCCCAACAAGUCAAAUAAGUAAAUUAUUUGGAGCGCCUCCUCUUCUCGUCUCCAUGGAGAUGACUGAAUGUUCCACAGUAGGGCAUUAAACUAAUCUAUCCAGCACUCAUUCAUUUACAAGUGUUUCUAUUGCUAAAAGUAAUACCUCAGAAAACAUGUACUCUUACUGUGAGUAGGAUCACCUCUCCAAAGAUCUGACCUAUAACUUGGCCUGGUGGUGUUAUCUCUCGUAUCCAUGGAGAUGAGCAGAAACGUGACAUAGUAGAGUUUUAAAGAUGGCUGAUAGAGGUCAUUCUUAUGUGUGUGUACUGGUCAAUGGUUUAUCGUUUUAUUCCAAAGCUGUUUUUCCUGUGAUGUAGCCAGUAUUAUUUCUGUUGAAUUCUUGUUACUUACACAUUUGUCAUGUUUACUAAUGUUUGUUUAUGAAGAGGUGUUUAAAGAUUCAACAAGAUUCACUCAAGUUAUAGUUAGCAAAGUUUGGAGGAGCAGACAGGAGCAAGAACGUCAAAAGUGAAACAAAAACUCCAACCUACAACUUAAAUCUUAGCAUAGAAGAACCCCGGACUAAACCAGGACUAAAUCAGGACUAAACCAGGACCAAACCAGGACUAAACCAGGACUAUGCUCCACUAAAGAAGAAACCAGGUCCAAAACUGGUCUAGACUAGAACUAAACCAGAACCAGCUCCUUAUGCAGCUCUAAAACAGGAUUUAACUAGGACUAAACUGGGGCUAAACCAGAUCUAAACCAGGACUGUGCUCUUCUCAGUAAAUACAUGUGUAUGAUCUGUAAGAAACCAGGUCUAAAACAGGUCUAAAGAUGGACAAAACUAGGACUAAUCCAGGCCCAAACCAGGUCUGAACUGGGUCUAAACUUUUACAAUCUAUAGAAGAAUCUCAGAUCUACAAUAGGACUUAACCAGGACUGAACCAGGACUAAACUGGGACUAAACCAGAUCCAAACCAGGUCUAAACCAAGACUAAAUUUACAGGGGAAAAUGUGUCUUAGGUGGCUGAGGUGUCGCCUUGUUACUGGGAGGUUGGUGGUUCAAAUUUAGUCCCAUGUCAGCUUGAAGCCUUAUUGCUAGCAGUAGUAGUAGUAGUAGUAGUUGUUGUUGUGGUAGUACACCAAUUACUAAAUAUUGGCUUUUGCUACAGCAAAAAUGAAAAUAAUCCUUUAUCUUUGACCCUUUUAAAAGCACUGUUCCCAUCUGCUCCUCCUAAACUUACCGAUACUACUCCAAUGUAGUUUCAAAACUGGACGCACAGCCAAUCAGAUCACAGAACUGCCCCUAAAACCCCGCCCCUUUUCCAGAGAAGCCGCUGUGAUUGGUCGAUUACUUACACGCUAGACUUUUUUGACUCCACUAAAGUAACGGCCAAUCAAAGACCUCAUUCUGACAUAGGAACAAUCUCUAAGAAUUUGAAUAAAUGAAAAUAGGAUUUGCUUGUUGCUCACUUGACAAACAUUAGUGAAUGUACUUUUACCGAAACAGUAUUUUGAUAAUUUUGUGUGUUUUUUUUCUCAAUGGCAGUAUUGGUUCUCCCUUUUCACGAAUAAAUGUGUAGACUUUUAUAUUUACAGGUCAACAUUUUUUUCUUUUUUUUUGUAUUUUCGUUUAUUUAUUUGUUUAACAGUGUCGUGUACAAUACUCUCAAGUUGGAGUCAAUAAUAUAUUUUAGUACAAAAAUACAAACUUUGAUCUCUUAAAAUGUGGUUCUGGGAGGUGGAGUUUGUAAAAGCGAAAUUUCAAGUUUUUUUUUUUUGCAAUUUAGAUUUGAAUUUGGUGCUUGGUAAUUGUUAUUAUAUUGGCUAAAAUUGAAAAGCAGCUACUGUGUGUGAUUGGUCAAAAUACAACCAGUUUAACCUUUUAGAUUUAAAAAAGGCGGGUAAAUAUUCACAAGGUAUUUAUAUAUUAUUAAAGAGGCAGUGUUAUACUAAAUUGAUUUUAAAAAAAUAACAAUAAUUCUACCUGUUCUAAAGAUUUUCUCUGAUUAAAAACUCACCUGAAGGAGUUUUAGAUGUCAUUCAUGCAUGUUUGAGUAAUCUAGUGAUCUCUCCUGGGCCGUAUUCAAACCCUAAGAUUCUGUACAAGGCUCCGCCCACAAGCGUACGUCCUCCAUGCUCUCACAUGACAAUUCUCCAUAAAUAUACAAAAACAUGAUUAAAAAACUGUACAUAAACCUGAUGUGAUGUGCAGUAGUUUCAUUAGUGGGAUGCAGCUGAUUGCGUUGUGACAGUGCUCUGAAGGGGGAGUGACCUAACGCAGAGAGCAAAUGGAGUCAAAAAUAAAAGUGAAACAUGUUAAUACGUUAUUUUGGGUGAAUAUAGAAAUUUCAAAACAAUAAAAGGAAACAUGGUGAUCUAAAUAUAUUAUGUGUUCUAGUUAAUACUCCAUAGAAGUCAAGUACCGCAUCUUUAAAUUCUUUUUUUCUUUAAAUUUCUUGUGAUUUGACCAAUUUGCUUCUUAGAAAAGUUCUAGAAAUUAUCAUUUUAUUUUAAAGUUUUGGGCUACAGUCUUUAAAACAUGAUUUUAUAUAUCACUGAAUCACUGAAAGAAAACACACAGUAUUUAAUCACAUUUUUCCAUAGACGAUACAGUAACAAUAAACAAGCGCCUCUGAUAAUCAAAUUUUUAAAAAUUCUUGAAAUUUCCCUGUAAAAAAAAACUAAAAAUCCCUCUUGUCUGGUGCAUCUGCUUGGACUGUUCUGUGACUAAAGGCAUGGUUUGAAAUGAACAUGUGUUUUUUCCUCAAAGCCAAAUGUAAACUUUAUUAUUCUUUCAGUUGUUUUUCCUCGUGCCAAUCGUGUCCCGUCACGCUGCUCCUCAAACCCACUGUUUUGUAUUUGAUAGUUUAGUUUUAAUGACUCCACCAAUAAAAUGUAAGACUGCA